GAGAGGAGAGACUAUUACCAUGUAUUUGAAGAUUUGGAUUCGGUAUAGUUUGAUUUGUUUCCUCCUCUGGUAACGUACUCCGUUGUUUUACAUAUGCCCAUAUUUCCCCCCAGGGUUGGGAAAAAUUAACAAUUGUAAACGAUCAUGAGCGGUGGAGCUAGGGUUACAAUUCCGGCCACCCUCCGGAAGACGAUCCAACACAUUAAAGAGAUCGCCGGCGACCACUCCGACGAAGAUAUCCUCGCCGUUCUGAAAGAAUGCAAGAUGGACCCCAAUGAAACCGCCCAGAAGCUUUUCUAUAUCGAUACCUUUCAUGAAGUUAAAAGGAAACGCGAUAGAAGGAAACAGACUACCAACAACCAAACUAGUGAAGAUUAUAAGCAGAACCAACACAUGCAGAAGCGAGAAGCUAGGGGCGGAGGAAACUAUUCUUCAAUUCGCGUCUCCGAUGCUGCAAGACGCCAGAAACGAAGGAGUAAUGAACAGGAAAAUGGUGUCAGAUAUUCUAGAGAGAAAGGUGGCAGGGGCUCUGUGCCUAUUAUCGCCCAAUCAGAAAAAAGAGCAGUAGCUGUUGUCAGAAGCUCUUCAACUUCUGCUUCUGCCACUACUGAGGCAGAUAUAUCAAAUGGAAGCUCUUCAUUAACCCAAGUAGCUGUAAGGUCUAGUGAUGUCAGCAUAAGGUCAACUGCUGAUGGAAAUAAGUUGGCAAAACUGCCUUCAGUGGCCCUAAAACAAUUCCGAUAUUUAAACCCUGGUCCUACUCCUACUUCUACCCCCACAUUUUCUCCGUAUAGAGUCAAAGAUGGAAACUCCAAAUCAGCACCUAGUGAUAUGAUGUUUGGUGCGUCCUCAACUUCUGCCUCGGGUGUCUAUUCCUCCGCAACAGAUCCUGUAUUAUUGCCAUCUUUGAACCCUCAAAAUCCUGGAAUAGCAGGAACAAUAAAACGUGAAAUAGGAACCCAUCGGAUUGCUAAUGAAGCUCAAAGCGAGAGCAGUCUUAAUAACGUUCAAGGUGUCUUGGAUGGUCAACCUGCCUUUGGAACUAUAAAUUCUUCUGACAAAAUAGGUCCAACAGAGUCACAAGCAGUUGCAAAAGGCAGAUUGGAUGGGUCUUCAAAACCAUCACAGUUGAUCCCAGAUGAAUUUAACCAAGAAAGUGAAUGUUCUGAAGAAGUAUUAGCAUCUAAGGCUGAUAAUGUUACAUCAGAAGCCCCUCCACUCUUUAGAUUUGAAGACAAUUUACCUAAGCAACUUGAUAUGAAAUUAGAGAAGCUAGAGAUUUCUGCUCAUCAACCUGUUAUUUUACCUAGUCAUCUUCAAGUACCCGAAGCCAUCAAGUCUGGAUUGACUUUUGGGAGUUUGGAAGCUCCUAUAGAGCAGAUAAUGAAACCAAACAGUAAACCCGCUUCGAUUCCUAAUUUGAUUCCUAUGGAGCAGGUCAUGACCUCAAGCAACGAUAAACCUGCUUCGAUUCCUGAUCAAACUUGCACGGAGAUUUCCAUGAGUCAUCAGGCACCACCUAGGACUGCUCAGGAAGUCAUCCAUCCCAAUAAUACAGAACUAGUUGGAGACAGCACAACUACUGGUGCAGCUAGAACAUUUGAACAGGCAAAGCAGGAGGUACUUCCGCUUUUUGGAGGUUCACAAGUUUCUCAUAUUCAAAGUCCUAAUUAUACCCUUGGUCUUGUACCACAAGUGUCAAGCCCACAUCUUGUGCAAUCUGAAAGAUCCAAUCAACAGUGUGGGAAUUCUCAAGCACAGUCAACAUCAGGCCAAACUUCACCUGUUUCUCAGCCCAUUGGAAUUUUACCGAGCUCUACAUUAUCUCAUCAGGUGUUCCCUUUCCUUAGACAGCCAUAUGCUUCUAAUUAUUUCCCGUACAACCCUUACCUCGCUCCAUUUUACAUGCCUCAAACUGCCCAACAAUUUUUAGGCCCAAGUGGCUUUGCUCAACAACCUUCUACCGCAAACAUUUAUAUGCCUCCAUCACCUGGGGUUAAAUUCCCUGCAUCGCCUCUAUACAAAUCUUCAGCUAUAACUGGAAGCUUGGCACAUUAUGGGGUUCCUACUGGCUACAGUUCAUAUGGCUCCUCAGUUGGAUAUAGUUUGAGUGAAGCCCCAACUUCUGGUGGGUCCACUAGCAGAGGAGACCUUGCUGCAGCUCAGCUGAAUGAGAAGAAUAUAUACUCCACACUAAAACAGAGUGAAGAGCCGCAUGUUUGGACAUCGGCAAUUGGAAGGGAUCAUCAUCCAUCAAUGUUACCACCACCGCCGGCCAAUUACUUUUACAACUUACCUCACCACACCCAGCAAGUAGCUUUCUCCCCCACACAUUCCAUGCAUGGACCUCUUUCUAGUAUCUAUCAUCCGUCUCCCACAGUUGCUACACCGUCUUCAACGACUUCAAGCAUUCAGCAGUUACCCCAGCAGCAAACUCAGGCUGUUGUUGGUGGAUCACCUGAUGCACUUGCUCCUCAUCAGCAACUUCAGCAGCAAAUUAAUUGGAACUCACCAUUCUUUAAAUAGGGAAAGGUCAAAAAAUCCGUCCAGACAAAUGCACGCUCGUUGAAUAACAAGCGACUUGAUGGUACCUCCCUAUGCCUGUACAUAUAAUCUUUACUUUUCAAGCGCAGGUUAAACAAAGAAGAAGAAGCUUGAACUUGUGUUUUUACCAGAAUUCUGGAUUUUUGAAGCACAUGCCUUUUGACUUAAGUUAUGUUUGGUUCAAGGAAUUUCAAAAGGAAAAGAAAAGAAAAUGACAUGGAAAAUGAUUUUUCUUGUUUAACCAAAGAGGAAAAGAAAGGGAAAAAAGGAGGGAAAAAUUAAAGAAAGAAGAGAGAGAAAACAAAAAUCUUUCCGAAUGGUGAAGAAAAAGAAAAAAAAUCUUUUUCUUUUCAUUUCCUAUCUAAUUCCCUGUGCCAAAGAUAGUGUCAGAGUUAGUUUAGCUCUCUAUAGCCUCUCCAGAUUAGUGAUUGGUUUGAUUGGCUUUUAUUAUUUUAUCAAUAGGUAUCUGGAAUUGAGCUAGAGUUAGUGAAUUAUUCAAUGAUUUAUUAUUUGAGAGGAAUGUGAAUUUCCACUCCUUAAUUUGUCAAAG